AUGAGUGACAGGAACAUAUACUACUCCGAGAAAUAUUAUGACGAUAAGUAUGAAUACAGACAUGUGCAUUUACCGAAGGAAUUGGUUGCGAAGAUGCCAAAAAAUCGUCUGAUGACCGAGCGCGAGUGGCGUGCACUGGGAAUCCAACAGUCAGUCGGCUGGGUGCACUACAUGAUUCAUGAACCGGAGCCCCAUAUAAUUUUAUUCCGUCGCCCACGUACGGAUCUUCCUGCUGCUGGACCCGCAAGCGUUGGCAUGGCAGAAAAAACGCAUCUUCACGCGUAA